AUGCCGCGCAAGGUUGCCAUCAUUGGAACCGGCUCCGCCGGCAUGGUCACAGCCCUGUCUUUGAAGCACGAGUUCGGUGACGAUGUCGACAUCCACGUCUACGACCAGAGCAAGAGCUUCAAUCUGUCGCAGGGUGUCGAGCUCUCCCCUGGUCCUCCGUUCCAGAUUGUGAUGAAGGCCUUGGGCCACGAUGUGGAGGCGGUGAUGAAGGAGUACGCUUGUGAACACAACACUGCAACGGUUCACGACUCCGCAGGAAACCGCAUCCCCUUCGUCGAGGAGAUCAUUGAGAGCACACGCAUCUACAAGGCAGAGGUCGGGAAGACCCCUGAGGGCGACGUGGUCGAAUGCGCUCGGUUCAGCAUCAACCGGGGCAUGUUCAUGUCCAUUCUUCAGGACGAGUUCUUCAAGGCCAUGGGAGGUAAGGAUGCUGCCUCGAAGCAGCUGCACUGGGAUCACAAGUUGGAAGAAGUUCUGCAAGAGGCGGAGGGCAAGAAGACGCUCCGCUUCGCCAAUGGAGCAGAAGUGACGGGCAUUGAUUUGGUCGUGGGAGCGGAUGGGGUGCAUUCUGCAGUCCGAAGGGCCUGCUUCGAUGAUGUCCCUGCGAGCCAUGUUGGUGCCAACAUCAUCUACGGCGUCAUCCCCGGCACCCCCGAUAUCUACCACGAAGGCGCCUUCAACAUCGUUGUGGCAGCCACCUUUUCCAUGGUGAUCUCCCAGAUCGUCGACAGCGAGGGUAAGAGGAUGACAUGGUGGGCCAUGGUCCACACGGACCGCGAGAAGCACGAUUCUCCCACAAGCUCACCCAAGGCCUACCGCGCUUUCUGGGAGUCCAAGGCGGACGUGAAAAAGCUUGCUCAUGACCUCGCGGCUGAGGAGGAGGGCGACACUUUGCCAAAGAAGUUCGUGGCUUUAACCCCAGGGGAGGGCUUCCGGUAUGCCGGCUUCUUCUUAGACCGCGACCCAACCACUUUGAAGAAUUGGGGCAAUGGUGAACUGGGUGCCGUGUGCAUCGGUGACGCUGCACAUGCAAUCCAGCCCUGGGCAGGCAUGGGUGCGUCUUUGGCAGCCGAGGAUGCCUUUGUCCUGGGCAAGAUGAUCGCUAAACAUGGCUGGGACAACCUCCAGAAGGCUUUCGAUGAGCUCCAGGCUCUGCAACUCCCCCGCGUCCAGUUCUACAGGCAGAUCACCAUGAACAAUGCACCAAAGGGCAUCAUCUCUGAGGACCAGAUGGUCCCCAUCGAGCAGGUUAUUGAGCAGUUUGGUGAUCAGCGUGGAAUUGAGCCGUGCCCUGCAUGGAAACAGUUCUGCGAGACGUUGCGCCUAAAGUCGGCCUAG